CAGCGGACUUUGGGACGGCGGUGUCCCGUCUGCAUUGCGAUCGCGAACGCGCGCGCGCUCCGAGGUUCCCGCUCGCUGCUCUCCUUUGCGUUUCCAGUUGAGAAGCUCGCGCGCGGCAAGUGGAUACCUGGCACUCCGGGCGCGCUCCCAACUUGAAGCGGAAGAAAAAGGCAAACCCCCCGAAACGACUGGAAGCGCGUAUACCCCACUCGCUUCUCCGUCAGCCCCCCACACUUCAUUUCCUUGUGCCGGUUUCCUGUCUACAGCUGGCGGCAGCUUGAGAUGCGCGCGGAGGGAGAGGCUGCAGCGGCGGCGCUCUCCGAAAUGCUUCCGUGUGACACGCUGUAAUUGGCGGACUCUGACGUGAAAAGAAGCUGGACCAAGAUCGCUGCGUGGACGUUGUACUGAAGCGGAGCAGACCAUCUUCAAGUGUUUCUCUCGCCCCACCAACACGCACUUUUGCUGUUUUGUUUGUGUCGGACGAUUGGGCCUGCGUCGUCCGAGCCGGUCCCCGGUCUCGAGUUGUGCGUAGCAGCGGAGUCGGGCGGAGGCCAAAUCGGGAGCACCAGCCUAUCCAACUUCAGACUUGUUACAUUUUUUUGUUUUAUUCAGUUUUAAAAACUUGGCAACGCAUUUUUUAAUGACAGCGACCCUUUUAUUCACUCUUCAUUUUUACUCCGCGCUUGUAUCAGCAGUGCCCGGCCUGCUUCCUUGGAUUUCUUGUGUUUUUGUGCAGUUUAACUUGGCGGACGCCCCGUGAAGGCAGUGGCGGAGAUUCUCGUUUUCCUUUAUUUUUUGAUUUUCGCAAGUUGUCGAAUGUCGCCGUGUAAAACCACACCUGGUUCCUCAUCCCUGCAUCUCCAAAGAGCCGCCUGUGGGAAAUGGUAAACCUUCUUAUGACCUUAUGGAUAAAAAGAACUUUGAAGCAUGGCUUGAAUCCGUUUCUGUGUCCUUUCUCACCCUGACAGACCCCCAGAAGAAUGAGACUCUGGACCACCUGAUUGGCUUGAGCGGGGCUGUCCAACUGCGGCACCUGUCCAACAACUUGGAGACGUUACUCAAGAGGGACUUUCUCAAACUACUGCCCCUGGAGUUGACCUUCUACUUGCUCAAGUGGCUUGACCCCAAGACCUUACUCACAUGCUGCCUGGUCUGCAAGCAGUGGAACAAAGUCAUAAGUGCCUGUACAGAGGUGUGGCAGGCAGCCUGCCGGCAGCUGGGCUGGCAGAUUGAUGACUCCAUACAGAGUGCCCGUCACUGGAAGAUGGUCUACCUGAAGGCCAAGCUGCGCAUGAAGCAGCUGAAGGAGCAGGAGGCUUUUGAGACUUCCUCUUUGAUUGGUCACAGUGCCAGGGUGUAUGCACUCUUCUAUAAGGAUGGCCUGCUUUGCACUGGCUCUGAUGAUUUAUCUGCCAAACUCUGGGAUGUCUGUACGGGGCAGUGUAUUUAUGGAAUACAGACGCACACCUGUGCAGCGGUGAAGUUUGAUGAACAAAAGCUGGUAACGGGAUCAUUUGACAACACGAUAGCUUGCUGGGAAUGGAGCUCAGGGGCCAAAAUUCAGCACUUCCGGGGCCACACGGGUGCAGUCUUCAGCAUCGACUAUAAUGAUGAACUUGACACCUUAGUCAGCGGCUCUGCAGAUUUUACUGUGAAAGUGUGGUCGUUGUCUGCAGGCACCUGCCUCAACACUCUGACAGGGCACACUGAGUGGGUGACCAAGGUCAUUUUACAGAAGAGUCAAGUGGAAUCAGUUAUGCACAGUCCAGGAGAUUACAUUUUAUUAAGCGCUGAUAAAUAUAAAAUUAAGAUCUGGCCAAUUGGCAGAGAAAUCAACUGCAAAUGUCUGAAGACCCUUUCCGUCUCUGAAGACCGCAGUGUGUGUUUGCAGCCGAGAUUGCAGUUCGAUGGGCGGUACAUCGUUUGUAGUUCUGAUAUUGGACUGUACCAGUGGGACUUUGCCAGCUACGACAUUCUCAGGGUUAUAAAGAUGCUGGACUCGGCCAACCUGUCCUUGCUAAGUUUUGGAGAAGUCUUUGCUUUGUUGUUUGACACUCACUAUUUAUACAUAAUGGACCUGAGGACAGAAAGGAUCACCGGCCGCUGGCCUCUGCCGGCCUACAGGAAGUCCAAAAGAGGCUCGAGCUUUCUGGCCGGAGACACGGCCUGGCUGAAUGGACUGGAUGGUCAGAAUGACGCUGGCCUCGUCUUCGCCACAAGCAUGCCUGACCACAGCAUCCACUUAGUGUUAUGGAAAGAGAACGGCUAAACGAGGGGGCCGCUUUUUGGAGCCGACACCCACCCCGGCGUGCACGCACACACCAAUACAUUCACACACACAGGUGGAUACCCUUAGUGAGAACUGGUGCUGCUGCUUCUUCUAAAACUCUUGUCAUGGAACCAAGGCUCUGCAUGUACCAAAGGUUUGCACCCGACUACCGUGUCAUCCAGCACACAGAGUCACACGCCGAAGGCAGCCAGCGAGG